AUGAAAAAUCUAGUCUACCUUGACUACAAAGCAAAUAAACUUAUGCUCACAGCAAUAACCACGAUAAGGUGUUAUUUUUCAGAAAUAACUGGUCGGAGUAGACCAUCACCACCAAGCCAUCACAAAUACACUAUAUCAGCAAUAGCCAGUUAUACAGAAGAGUAUAAGGAGCUGCUGUCAUUAAAGUGUGACGCAAUAUUGUCAGAUAUUUUAUUCAUUGACCCUUCUUACGCGUAUCAAGUCUUUCUCUUUCUUUCAGAUAUAUAUUAUCAGAAAAUAACUCAAGGUUCGUCAUUGAAAAAGGAAAUUAGGAGCAAAGCUAUUUACCCCUUUCCAAAGGCAUUGAGUCAUAUAAUGCCGCCUCAGGCAAAGGUCAUAGCAAGAUGGCCACAGCUGGGACCAGAUAGAACUAUUCUAUGUCGAUACAAAAGGCAUAAUUUGUGGUUCAGUAAAAUCAAAAUGUCGUGCCCUACCAGGAAACAUCCCCCUCCCACAGAAUUAGCGAUUGACUAG